AUGAAUGAACUUAUUAAUUUCUUGCGUAAGGAAGAAGACUUAGAGCUUGACAAGGACAACUUGAGGAUUAUUAAAAAAGAAAAGAUUACUGGCCGUGACUUUUUCAAGACAACAAAAGAUGAGUUUGGCACCUCGGCGGAAAGAACCUAUUGCACGAAAGCUGACUAUCACAUCGCCCUUACCAAAGAUAUUUUAGAUGAUGACAUAAAACUUCGUCAAGGGGUUAAGGAAGUUAUGGAAGUGAUUGUGGGUUUAUUGAAGGAUUGGGUGGAGGUUGAUGACUCUCCUGAUAUUAAGAAAGCAAGGAUGGAAAAAUAUAUCAAGGGAAUAAUCGACCAUAAUAUAUUAGUAUAG